GGCCCCGCCGCCCGCCGCCGCCGCCCGCCGAGACCAUGCUAGUGUUCGUCAGGUUUAACUCCAGCCAUGGCUUCCCAGUGGAGGUCGAUUGUGACACGAGCAUCUUCCAGCUCAAGGAGGCGGUUGCUAAGCGACAGGGGGUUCCAGCUGACCAGUUGCGAGUGAUUUUCGCCGGGAAGGAGCUCAGGGAUGACUUGACGGUGCAGAACUGCGACCUGGACCAGCAGAGCAUCGUCCACAUGGUGCUGCGGCCCCGGAGCCAUAGUGAACAAGGGGGCACCCCCGGAGGGGACGGCCCUGCAAAGGCCGCGGGGGGCUCAGCCCGUGAGCCCCAGAGCCUGACGCGUGUGGACCUCAGCAGCUCCGUGCUCCCGGCCGACUCGGUGGGGCUGGCCGUGAUCCUGAAGGAGGACGCCGGGGCUGCCCUGCCAGCUGCACAGCCAGCAGGUAGACCGACCUACAACAGCUUUUAUGUCUAUUGCAAAGGCCCCUGCCGGAGCGUGCAGCCGGGAAAGCUCAGGGUGCAGUGCCAUACCUGCCAGCAGGCCACGCUCACCUUGGCCCAGGGUCCCUCGUGCUGGGAAGAUGUCUUAGUCCCAAACCGGAUGAGCGGGCAGUGCCAGUCUCCAGGCUGCCCUGGGACCAGAGCGGAGUUCUUCUUCAAGUGCGGCGCGCACCCGACCUCGGACAGGGACACGUCGGUGGCUCUGAACCUGAUCACGACCAACAGCCGCGGCAUCGCCUGCAUCGCCUGCACCGACGUCAGGAGCCCCGUCCUGGUCUUCCAGUGCAGCGACCGCCACGUGAUCUGCUUGGACUGUUUCCACUUAUACUGCGUGACCAGGCUGAACGACCGGCAGUUCCUCCAUGACCCCGAGCUGGGAUACUCGCUGCCUUGCGUGGCUGGCUGCCGCAACUCCUUGAUUAAAGAGCUCCAUCACUUCAGGAUUCUUGGGGAAGAGCAGUACAACCGGUACCAGCAGUAUGGCGCCGAGGAAUGUGUGCUGCAGAUGGGGGGUGUCCUGUGCCCCAGUCCCGGCUGUGGGGCGGGACUGCUGCCCCAGCCAGGAGAGAGGAAGGUCACGUGUGAAGGGGGCAACGGCCUGGGCUGUGGGUUCGUCUUCUGCCGGGACUGCAAGGACGCCUUCCACGCCGGGGAGUGCAGCGCCGUGUCCUCAGCCUCGGGUGCCGAGAGCCAGGCCUACAGGGUGGAUGAGAAGGCAGCAGAGCAAGCCCGGUGGGAGGAAGCCUCCAAGGAGACCAUCAGGAACAUCACCAAGCCAUGCCCCCGCUGCCGUGUGCCCGUGGAGAAGAACGGAGGAUGCAUGCACAUGAAGUGCCCGCAGCCCCAGUGCCAGCUCGAGUGGUGCUGGAACUGCGGCUGCGAGUGGAACCGCGUCUGCAUGGGGGACCACUGGUUCGACGUGUAGCCGCGCCCAGCGCCCGCCUCGGAAGCACCACGCCUGCCUCGUGUCCUUUCCUUGCUCCCAGCGUGCAGAGCACAUACACGUCUCAUUCAUAAAUCAUACACGUUCUCACACACAUCACAUGUGAACAUCAGUGCAAUCGCCUGCGCAUUGUGAGCUUGCGCAUACAUGUAAUCAUGCGCCAUUGCACUCAAUCAUGUGUGCACAAGUGUGAGCAUGUCUUGUGCAAUCAUGCACACAUGACAUGCAACUGCGCAGGUGCUCACACAUCGUGCACACAUCCACACACACGCCACUUGCAGUCAGGCACACGGGUGCACGCCCACCCGAAGCUCUUUGCAGACUCACCGGACAGCGGUACAGGAGAGCCCCGGGCCCUGGCCAUGGCCAGGCCGAGAGCAGCAGCUGGAAUAUUCAGGCCUUGGGGGCAGACUGGAAUCUGGGCCGAGGGGACAUGCUUCUGUGCAGCUGGUCAGCUUCUGUGCAUCCAAGCCAGGUGGGCAAGCCCACGGGGGUCGGGGGGUGCAGGGGGUCUUCUCAGGUUUGAUUUUCUGCAUUUUCUCUUUGGUGAACCCUGGGCAGAAGCCUCUGGUGAGGUGCACAGCCACUUCCUGGCCUGGUCCAGUGGUUCUCUGCAUGCUGAACCGUGGUGGGUGCCUCAGGCUGCGUUUGGGCCUUCAGGAGCAGUGCUUGUACUUAAAUUUUCAAGAAGCAUCUAUUCCCAAAGAGCCACCAUAGUCAAAAAUAUGUGUUUAUCCCCUAGAAUUCUCUCUUUAUUUGCAAUGAUGAACAUCAGCUACCCAGGAAUCAGCCUGUCAGCUAAGUGAGGAGUUGUGAACGUCAGCUUGAAUGUUGAAUGUUUAAAUAACAGGGAAGAGAACAAACCCCGACUUCCUUCCUUUUAACGAUGAGCAACUUCAGAAAAAAAUUGUUUUCCUGAAAAUAUUACAGGAUCUACCAUUUGAGUUUAAAUAUUCAUUUCACAGCUUAAAGAGUAAGCUAAUAUAAAUUUGGCUUCACUGGGCAUUUAAUGGAUAAGGAGACAUUUCUUAGAAAUGAUUUCACGGUGUCCAGUAUUAACAAAAGUGCAGGUUAUUGAGCUGAGUCUUUAAGGAAGGAGCACUUCUGGGGCCUCAGAAUGAAACCUCGUCUAUCAGAAGAGACGACGUUCUUGCUGAACCCCACUCUGCUUCCCCGAUUUGCACACCCCCCAGGGUUUGCCCACCCCAUGGAUUACUCCAAGAUUUCUCUUCCCUGCACACAGAUAGUCCCUCAUGGUAACACAGGUGAAUUUGAAUGUUUCCAAAGCUUCCAUCUUUUUUCUUAUACAUACAACACGUCACACGAGCUGUCUGCACGAGCUGCAGCCAACCCCAUUUGCACGUGCAGGAAAAGCCACAUCCACCGUCUGUUCCUAUCGUCUGCGUUGUCAGGGAGAGAUUGUGACCUUCACUGAGGGCAUAAUGAGUUUUCACUACCACCAGGGGUCCCUUUGGGAUUUAGAGACUCUGGAAAGGAUGACUCAGUAGCAAGGCUCCUCUUUGCCAAAGCAGCACCGGGGGGAUGACCUCAGACAAUUCCCCAAGGGCGCCUGUCCUUGGCCCCUAACUGCCUCGUGGGUCCGCUGUCUCCACCCCACCAGGGACAGUGCAGCCUGCCCCUCCUGCCCCUGUUUCUGGGCAUCAACAUGGACCCCCCUUCUAGCUUCACUCUCAGAGAGUCCAACUACCCCACCUGGCCCGCUGCUGCCGGACUUAGCCAGGGAGCCCCGGCACCACGCGGGGAGCACGGAGAGCCUGAGGCCCUGAGUGAAGAGGAAGGUUCAGGCCUGACCACCACCACCGACAUCCAGCAAUGGCAGUUCUUCGCUGUCACCCGACAGGCAAGGUCCGGUCAGCUCCCAUGAUGUCCAGCACGGGCCCCUCCAUCCUGCUGCCUCAUCCCCACAGGCUGUGAGGCUCGUGGGCCCUGAACAGGGAUUGGCUCUGGGGUUCAGAUGCCACAGAAACCCCUCAGUCUCUUCUCCUUCCCUCUGGUGGGCUUAGGUCUUUGCUUUGCUUUGCUUUGCUUUGCUUUGGUUUGCUUUGCUUUGCUUUGCUUUGCUUUGCUUUGCUUUGCUUUGCUUUGCUUUGCUUUGGUGUUCAGAAUAGAAUAUUGAUUCUCAAGAUAAGUUCCAGGGAAAACAGCCACUAUCAGUGAACACGAAUCACAAACCACUAUAAUGAGGCUGUUGCCUGUGAUCAGGGUCAGUGCACAUGACCCUCCAUGAGCACAGGAACCCUCUCUGCAGACGUUUCUUUUUCUCUGAAAUGUGUGAAGAAAUACUUGGCAACUGUGUGUAAGGCUGUACUCAAGUGAUCAAUAAACACACCCAACCAGCUCUCCAUCGUCUUGGAAGAUGUUUUCAACAGACGCAGGUGUGAAGGGAAGAGGGGGUGUCCCUGUGCCCCCUCCCAGCUUGAGCGAGUCGCCUGGGAGGAAAUGCCCUUUCUCUGCCUUCCCAGCUCCAGGGAAGCCCUGCUUGCUCUCCUUUUAAUUUUUUUUAAACAUUUAUUUAUUUAUUUAUGCAUACGAGAACUGGGGUACAGGCCAGAGGGGCAGAGGGUGAGAGGCCUAACCAGAGACAGAGUGGGGAGCAGAACAGGCAGAUCUACUGAAAUCCACUGCUGAGGGGAGCAGCCGGGGAGACAGGAGAGGUCUGCUGCACCCUGUGGGCAGCAACCUGGCCGGGGAUGGAGCUCGUGCUGCAGUGGCUGGCGAUAGCUUCAUAGUGCUGAGACUUUACCCCUUGCACCACCAGGGAGGCCCGAGAACUCCUGCCAGUAUACUAUUAUACUCUCCUUGCAUCCGCCACCCCUACUGCCAGGUCGGCUCACCCCUGGUUCCACACCUAGGGGACUCAUUCUUGAAUUCUGAGCAAAUCUACUUGGAAACACACACCAGUGAAAAGCUUGUCUGCAAGCCUGACUCACAGCUGAGGGAUUCAGCCUCGUGCCGUUGGCCAGUGUCCCUGGCUCAUCACUGCUUUCCAUGACCGUCUGAGGCCGUCUGCACAGAUGCAAACCUGGUCCCAGCGCCGGGGCCUUGCUGCAGUCGCUGCUUGCACUCCCUGCCCUGUGUGCAUCACCCGCCUGCCACGGGCACACCCUCCUGAAAGCCCAGCGGGCACAAAGGCAAACCCCACUGCUUCUCUCCACGGGUGGUUUGUUUCAUCCGUGAUUCUGGGGUUCUUAGUUCCAAAGCCAAACAGUGCCCUCGGUGGCAUUUUUGAGGAACGUAUUGCAGCAUUGAAUCUCACUCCAUACUAUUCCCUGUAAAGUGUUUCUUGCGUUUUUCUUUCUAUGAGAUUAGAAUUAUCCCAUUAUUCAUGCUCAUUACAGAAAGGCCAAGAACCAAACCCAUAGCCGAAAACUAAUUGCUUCACCUGUCUCACUAAUUUCCUCGUAGAAACAUAUGAUAAGCUGCUUUCUGUGCCAACAGAUUUCUAAAAUGACAGUUUUCAGGGUUUCAUCAUGGUGUCCCGAAUGCUAAUUAACAAAGUAAUUUUCCAGAUCUCAUUCCAAACUGUAGUUUUCAUGGAGUCAUUAAUCAGUUUGGAUAUGAAAAUGAUUGUGCAACUUGAAAAUAUCUUUACAAUAUAACAGUAAGUGAAAAGGAUUUUACCAAAAUUGCAUCAAUAUUGUAAUCAGAUUAUUUAAAAGAGAAACAAAUUCUAAGAAAAAGCGAUUGAAGACCAUCCAUCCCGUGUCGCUUGUUGUAUGAAAAAAUUAUAUGCGAAUUUUUAUUUGUCUCUACUUCUCAUGUUUUGGGCGAUGUGAAAAUA